AUGGAAAUGGAAGAACAUCACUUCGUUGCACCGAAAAAAUCAAACCUUACACCGAAGGCUAUAAUACACCAAAAGUUUGGCAAAACGGCUUGCUACACGGUAGAGGCGGUGAAGGAGGUUUCUCAAACUGAAUGUCCAGGGUUAUGCAUUCCACAGACGGGACCAUGCCUUUACCGUUGCACGUUGCAGCUUCCAGAACUUACGGUUGUGUCGGCGACGUUUACGAAAAAGAAGGAUGCAGAACAAUCUGCAGCAGAGAUAGCUUUAGAGAAGCUUAGUAUCACUCCAGAGACCAUCGAUCUUACUCCUCAGGAAGCACAGGAAAGUUUAGUUGCUCGCAUCGCCUAUCUGUUUUCAGAAAAAUUUCUUACAUCUGAUCAUCCACUCGGUGGUCACAUUCGAGCUACUUUGAGAAGGAAAGGCAAUCAUUGUGGAUCGAUUCCUGUUUCUGUCAUUGCUGUCAGCGACGCAAAGAUUCUUAGUUUGUGUAAAUUUAUUAAUCCUGAGGUGGAGUCAAAUCCAUUUUUGGUCCUUCCAUACAUAGUAAAGGCUGCUAGAAAGUUGUAUGAGUUUCUUACUACCUCUGAGCAAAAUAUAUGGAUUAAAAAGCUUUGUCCAUAUCCACAAGAUAUUAUAGAAUCAUUAAUGCAAGAAGGUGGUUCACAAGAAUGCAUUCAGGUUAAGGCCAUAAGCAUUCCUAGUUCAAUGGAAAAAUGUAUUGAAGCUGUGACUCUCUGUAUGUCUUUAAGAGAGUACUACCUUGAUAUUAUUGCAAAUGAGCUUGGUUUAGAAGAUGGUGCCAUUGUUCUGAUUUCAAGGAAUAUAGGUAAAGCUUCUUCUGAGACAAGACUGUUCUUUGCUGCUCCACAAUCAUAUCUACUGGAUCAAUCUUUUAUAUCGGGAAAUGGAAAAGAAUCCAUUCGAUUUGAGGGAUCUCUAAAUGAAAGGGCAAGAUACUUGUCUGGGCAAGAUAUGGUUGGUGAUGCAAUAUUAGCAUGCAUCGGAUAUACGCGGAAAUCUAGAGAUCUUUUCUAUGAGGAUGUAACAGUUCAAUUGUAUCACAGGAUGCUUCUAGGGAAGACUCCAGGGGGCAUUUACAAAUUAUCCAGAGAGGCAAUACUCACAGCUGAGCUUCCUUCAAGAUUUACCACAAGAGUUAACUGGAGGGGUUCCCUUCCCAGGGAUAUACUUAGUAUGUUUUGCCGCCAGCAUCGUCUGUCCGAACCUGUCUUUUCCAUUAUAAGUCAUCCUUUCAAAAUGCCAACGGAAUCAUCAGAAUCAAGUUUUAAGGCUGCAAACUUGGGAACUGAUGUGAUUGAAUGUGCCAAUGGGGCCUCUGUAAAUGCAUGUCAAAAGAAAUCAAAUUCUGAGAUGUUUAAAUGUGAAAUAAAGUUGCUUUCUAGGUGUAAGGAUGUAAUACUUUUGUGUUCCCCUGAGGAUUGUUAUAAGAAGCAGAAUGAUGCUAUUCAGAAUGCCUCAUUGAAACUUCUGUCAUGGCUGAACAAGUAUUUUAAUAGUGUAACUGUUCCUUCUGACCAACUUUAUGAGAUUGCAGGCAACUUCAGCAUUCACAUGUUUUCCAAAAACCUUUUCGGAGAGAUUUUAACUGGUCAACCCAUUCGGUAUAGCCAGAUUUAUGCAAUGCAGUGCAAUAACAUACUUGAACCAAUGUGUACAACUUCAUCACAGGACAUGUCUAAGAAUGGGGUUUGCAACUUAAGGAUUGAAGGUCCAGACUCUGGUGUCUGUCCAUGCAAUGGAUCUUUACCUUGUAUUAGUUAUUCAGUAUAUUUGGUUGUGGAUGGUGAAAAUACCAAAGAAGUUAUUGAAGUUUGUAAUGAGUUUGAGUUUGAAAUGGGGGUUGGUGCUGUCAUUUCUUACAUCGAGGAGGUUGUGAUGCAGAUGUCUGUUGGUCAAUAUGCUUAUUUCAAAACGAACUUGCUCACUUCUGAUUUGAUUUUUGCUUCUGCUGGUGAUUCAGCCAAAAUGCUUUCCUUGUUAUCUUCUAAGGCCUGCUGUGUUGAGUAUGAAAUAAGUUUGAACAAAGUUGCAGAACCUCCAGAGGAAAGAAUGGAGCAGGCUUUUUUUAGCCCUCCACUUUCAAAGCAACGAGUGGAAUUUGCAGUGCAACACAUUUUGGAAUCCCAUGCUACUACUUUGGUUGAUUUUGGAUGCGGAUCUGGAAGCUUGUUGGAACCAUUGCUAAAUUACACAACUUCGUUGGAGAAAAUUGCUGGUGUUGAUAUUUCACCGAAGGGUCUUACACGUGCUGCAAAGGUGCUAAAUUCAAAAUUAGAUGCAAAUCUAGAUGCUGGUGUGACAAGUAUACCCAUAAAAUCAGUUAUUCUUUAUGAAGGUUCAAUUACAAAUUUUGAUUCCAGGUUGCAUGGGUUUGAUAUUGGUACUUGUUUAGAGGUGAUUGAGCAUAUGGAGGAAGAUCAAGCUUGUCUCUUUGGGGAUGUGGCAUUAAGUUGUUUUCGUCCAAGGAUUCUCAUUGUUUCUACACCAAAUUUUGAAUACAACGUAGUGCUACAGAAGUCGAAUCCUCCUACCCAAGAACAAGAAGAAUCAGACGGGCAAAACCUCUUACAGUCAUGCAAGUUUCGCAAUAAUGACCACAAAUUUGAGUGGACCAGAGAACAGUUUACACAGUGGGCAUCUGAAUUGGCUGCACGUCACAAUUACAAUGUGGAAUUCAGCGGGGUAGGUGGUUCUGCUGAUGCCGAACCAGGUUUUGCUUCACAGAUUGCCAUGUUUAAAAAGGAACGUCAUGAAGAUGAUGGCCAGAAGCAUACUGAUAUAGAGAACCAUUAUAAUGUAAUAUGGGAAUGGAAUAGCAAAAGCAAAUAA